AUGGCAGAAUUAUCGACCCCUCCAAAUUUCCAAUUCGCAGAAUCCGAGGGGCGGCUGCAAUGGACGGUCGCGAUCAUAUCACCGACGACCUCGCCCAAGAUGCCCACAGAAUUGGAAGAACUCGUUGACUUUGUCUCUCAUGGCAACACUCAAGUGCGACAGCUUGCUGUCGAGAACCUCGUCCCAUACUCUACUUCCCAGCCCGCUAUAUUCAAGACAAAUGAGCUUCUGCCAGUAAAAGACCUCAAGCUUUUAGUCCGAGAUUACGAAAAAAUCGCCGCCGAUGCAACGACAAUCCUCAUAAAUCUCACUGCAGACCAAGAAAUCCUCGAAUACCUCGCCUCAGAUCAUGCGUUUGUGAAAACGCUCCUCGGCCGCGUAACCAACCCUUCCGAACCCAAUGCGAAUCUCAUAUCGAUGCUUCUAGCCAACCUAGCCAAAUACGACGAGCUAAAAGAUAUCCUGACGGUCGAAGCGCCAGCGCCCAAGGAACUAGCAUCCAACAACAAAGCUAUCGACCAAUUGCUGGAUCUGUUCGUCAAGGGCGCAGACGGGACAUAUAACAAAGCAGCCGACUUCGACUACCUCUCCUACCUCGUCGCCGACCUCGCUAAGCACAAGGAAGGCCGGCAGUACUUCCUCACGAAACAAGAAUACGAUGGCAUAGUGCCCCUCUCAAAGCUGGUGGUAUUCACGGAGCACAAAUCGUUCGUCAGACGGAAAGGUGUGGCCUCAACGAUCAAAAACGUGGCAUUUGAAAUCGAUGCCCAUCCCGCGCUCUUGGACGAGGAUGAGAUCAACAUCCUGCCGUACCUAUUGCUGCCGAUCACGGGUAACGAGGAGUUCACCGAGGAGGAGAGUCUGGAUAUGCUGCCUGAUUUGCAACUCUUGCCCCCUGAUAAGAAGAGGGAUUCCGACCCGAGUAUCAUACAGACGCAUAUCGAAACGCUGAUGCUGUUGACGACGACAAGGCAAGGUCGGGACUUGAUGAGGAGCAUUAGGGUGUAUCCGAUUGUGCGGGAGACGCAUUUGCACGUUGAAAAUGAUGGCGUGAGAGAGGCUUGUGAGAGGCUGGUACAGGUGCUGAUGAGGGAUGAGGAGGGAGAGGAGGUCAGUGGGGAGAUGAAGGCACUAGAGAGGAGGCCGAGGGUUGGAACGGGGAAUAAGCCGUUUGGGAGUGGGAGGCCACAGAUUUCGGCGGGGGCGGGGGGUUGGGCGAAGCAAGAUGAGCCAGAGGAGGAAGAUGACGACGAUGACGACGACGACGAUAAAAUCGUAGAGGUGUAG